AUGCUUAUUUAUGACAAAUUACCAAGCCAUUUUUCAACAGCCUGCUCUCACCACACUACUACUACUACUACUACUACUACUACUACUACUACUACUACUACUACUACUACUACUACUACUACUACUACUACUACUACUACUACUACUACUACUACUACUACUACUACUACUACUACUACUACUACUACUACUACUACUACUACUACUACUACUACUACUACUACUACUACUACUACUACUACUACUACUACUACUACUACUACUACUACUACUACUACUACUACUACUACUACUACUACUACUACUACUACUACUACUACUACUACUACUACUACUACUACUACUACUACUACUACUACUACUACUACUACUACUACUACUACUACUACUACUACUACUACUACUACUACUACUACUACUACUACUACUACUACUACUACUACUACUACUACUACUACUACUACUACUACUACUACUACUACUACUACUACUACUACUACUACUACUACUACUACUACUACUACUACUACUACUACUACUACUACUACUACUACUACUACUACUACUACUACUACUACUACUACUACUACUACUACUACUACUACUACUACUACUACUACUACUACUACUACUACUACUACUACUACUACUACUACUACUACUACUACUACUACUACUACUACUACUACUACUACUACUACUACUACUACUACUACUACUACUACUACUACUACUACUACUACUACUACUACUACUACUACUACUACUACUACUACUACUACUACUACUACUACUACUACUACUACUACUACUACUACUACUACUACUACUACUACUACUACUACUACUACUACUACUACUACUACUACUACUACUACUACUACUACUACUACUACUACUACUACUACUACUACUACUACUACUACUACUACUACUACUACUACUACUACUACUACUACUACUACUACUACUACUACUACUACUACUACUACUACUACUACUACUACUACUACUACUACUACUACUACUACUACUACUACUACUACUACUACUACUACUACUACUACUACUACUACUACUACUACUACUACUACUACUACUACUACUACUACUACUACUACUACUACUACUACUACUACUACUACUACUACUACUACUACUACUACUACUACUACUACUACUACUACUACUACUACUACUACUACUACUACUACUACUACUACUACUACUACUACUACUACUACUACUACUACUACUACUACUACCACUACUACUACUACUACUACUACUACUACUACUACUACUACUACUACUACUACUACUACUACUACUACUACUACUACUACUACUACUACUACUACUACUACUACUACUACUACUACUACUACUACUACUACUACCACUACUACUACUACUACUACUACUACUACUACUAAUAAUAAUAAUAAUAAUGGUUACAAUUUCAAGGAGUUGAACAAAAGUAACAUUUGUGUAAUUACUUAA